AUGAGAAGAAAAAAAAAAAAAAAAACAAAUAAAUCGCAAUGAAACCGAACCCAAGUGGCUCGUGCAAAAAAUAAGUUCCCCCAAAGAGAUCAGGUUACAAGCCGGUGUUCUUCGAAUCUGAAGAUUGAGGAAGUCGGCAGUCUGUCGGCUUCUAUUUUUAAGGGCUAUGAAAUGCUUCGGAACCGGAAUACUGCUUUUUUAGGAUGUGUAAAACCACCACCCACAACGUCAUCAACUACUACAACCACUACGAGUACUACAAGCACUACAAGUACAACUACACCUAGACCUUGUUCAAACACAACAUCAAGCUCCUCUACGACACCUAGCACAACUUCAACUACUACAACUAGUACCAGUACUACAACUACUCCAAAAACUACAACUUCAACUACACCUAAACCUUGUGACAACACCACUUCAAGUAGUUCUACGACUAGCACAACUUCAACUAGUUCUAGCACCAGUAGUACUAGUACUACAACUACUCCAAAAACGACCACUUCAACUACAACUACUCCAACACCUGAUACUAACACAACUUCAACUACAACAACCAGUUCGAGUACCAGUACUACAACUACUCCAAAAACGACGACUUCAACAACAACUACUACUCCUUGUGCAAAUACAACUUCAAGUUCAAGCACAACUUCAACUACGUCAACUAGUUCAAGCACCAGUAGUACUAGUACUACAACUACUCCAAAACCUGAUACUAACACAACUUCCACUACGACAACUAGUACCAGUACUACAACAACCCCAAAAACUACUACUUCAACGACAACUACUCCAAUACCUGAUACUAACACAACUUCCACUACGACAACUAGUUCAACCACCAGUACCAGUACCACAACUACUCCAAAAACUACUACUACUCCUGCUCCUUGUGCAAAUACAACUUCAAGUUCAAGCACAACUUCAACUACGUCAACUAGUUCAAGCACCAGUAGUACUAGUACUACAACUACUCCAAAACCUGAUACUAACACAACUUCCACAACGACAACUAGUACCAGUACUACAACAACUCCAAAAACUACUACUUCAACAACGACACCUAAACCUUGUGCCAACACAACAUCAAGCUCCUCUACGACUUCUAGCACAACUAGUUCAAGCACCAGUACUAGUACUACAACAACUCCAAAAACUACUACUACACCUAAGCCUUGUGCUAACACAACAUCUAGCUCCUCUACGACAUCUAGCACAACUAGUUCAAGUACCAGCACUAGUACUACAACUACUCCAAAAACGACUACUACAACAACUACACCCAAGCCUUGUGCUAACACAACAUCUAGCUCCUCUUCGACAUCUAGCACAACUAGUUCAAGCACCAGCACUAGUACUACAACUACUCCAAAAACGACUACUACAACAACUACACCCAAGCCUUGUGCUAACACAACAUCUAGCUCCUCUACGACAUCUAGCACAACUAGUUCAAGCACCAGUACUAGUACUACAACUACUCCAAAAACGACUACUACAACAACUACACCCAAGCCUUGUGCUAACACAACAUCUAGCACCUCUUCGACAUCUAGCACAACUAGUUCAAGCACCAGCACUAGUACUACAACUACUCCAAAAACGACUACUACAACAACUACACCUAAGCCUUGUGCUAACACAACAUCUAGCUCCUCUUCGACAUCUAGCACAACUUCCACUACGACAUCUACUUCAAGCACCAGUACUACAACUACUCCAAAAACUACAACUACUACUCCUUGUGCUAACACAACUAGUACGACUACAACUACGACUCCACAACAUUGUACAACUCCCACUACAACGACAACUACAACUACUACGACUACUGCCCCACCAACUACAAAACGUUGUCUUCCCGUUUCAGUUCUAAGCCCGUUAGCAUCUUUGGUACCCACACCUUCUACAACGACAACGAAAAAACCUGCGACUACACCCUGUGCUCACGCUACUACAAAAUCAACCGCAAAAACUACUACACAGAAACUUACAACAACUACAAAUGCUACUACCACUACUACAAAAACGACACCACGAGUUACAAAUGCUACUACAACGAUUAAACCGAAUACCACUACAGCGAAACCUUGUGAAACGACACCAGUUAAAAAUGUCACUACACCGGGGCCAAACACUACGACUAUUGGACCAGUUACGACACCCAGCGGGCCUGAUGUAACCACGUCAGAUGAAAUAGAUACCACUUCAGAAGGACCUGAUACUACCACACCAAGUUUACCAGAUGUGACGACAACAAGUUUACCAGAUGUAACGACGACAAUUGAAACUGAUACCACAACACCAAAUGGAAUAGAUACCACAACACCAAGUGAUACAGAUACAACAACACCAAAUGGAAUAGAUACUACAACACCGAAUACCACAACACCAAAUGAAAUAGAUACUACAACACCAAGUGGAAUAGAUACUACAACACCAAGUGGAAUAGAUACUACAACACCGAGUGAUACAGAUACAACAACACCAAGCGGCACAGAAACCACAACUUAUGCACCUUGUGAUACCGAUACUACAACACUGAAUACCACAACACCAAAUGAAAUAGAUACUACAACACCAAGUGGAAUAGAUACUACAACACCGAGUGAUACAGAUACAACAACACCAAGCGGCACAGAAACCACAACUUAUGCACCUUGUGAUACCGAUACUACAACACCGAGUGAUACAGAUACCACUUAUCCACUUUGUGAUACCGAUACUACAACACCAAAUACCACAACACCAAAUGAAAUAGAUACUACAACACCAAGUGGAAUAGAUACUACAACACCGAGUGAUACAAAUACAACAACACCAAGCGGCACAGAAACCACAACUUAUGCACCUUGUGAUACCGAUACUACAACACCGAGUGAUACAGAUACCACUUAUCCACCUUGUGAUACCGAUACUACAACACCGAAUACUACAACAUCGAGGGAUACAGAUACCACAACACCAAAUGAAAUAGAUACUACAACACCAAGUGGAAUAGAUACUACAACACCGAGUGAUACAGAUACAACAACACCAAGCGGCACAGAAACCACAACUUAUGCACCUUGUGAUACCGAUACUACAACACCGAGUGAUACAGAUACCACUUAUCCACCUUGUGAUACCGAUACCACAACACCGAAUACCACAACACCAAGUGACACAGAUACAACAACACCAAGUGAUACAGAUACAACAACACCGAGUGACACAGAUACCACAACACCAAGCGGCACAGAAACCACAACUUAUGCACCUUGUGAUACCGAUACUACAACACCGAAUACCACAACACCAAGCGGCACAGAAACCACAACUUAUGCACCUUGUGAUACCGAUACUACAACACCGAAUGAUACAGAUACCACAACACCGAGUGAUACAGAUACCAUAACACCAAAUGUAAUAGAUACUACAACACCGAGUGACACAGAUACCACAACACCAAGCGGCACAGAAACCACAACUUAUGCACCUUGUGAUACCGAUACUACAACACCGAGUGAUACAGAUACCACUUAUCCACCUUGUGAUACCGAUACUACAACACCGAAUACCACAACACCAAGCGGCACAGAAACCACAACUUAUGCACCUUGUGAUACCGAUACUACAACACCGAAUGAUACAGAUACCACAACACCGAGUGAUACAGAUACCAUAACACCAAAUGUAAUAGAUACUACAACACCGAGUGACACAGAUACCACAACACCAAGCGGCACAGAAACCACAACUUAUGCACCUUGUGAUACCGAUACUACAACACCGAGUGAUACAGAUACCACUUAUCCACCUUGUGAUACCGAUACUACAACACCGAAUACCACAACACCAAGUGGAAUAGAUACUACAACACCAAGUGGAAUAGAUACUACAACACCGAGUGAUACAGAUACCACAACACCAAGCGGCACAGAAGCCACAACUUAUGCACCUUGUGAUACCGAUACUACAACACCGAAUACCACAACUUAUGCACCUUGUGGGCAUGAAGAGACGACUCCAAGUGGUACAGACACUACAACACCGAGUUAUACAGAUACCACAUCUUAUGCACCUUGUGGGCAUGAAGAGACGACUCCAAGUGGUACAGAUAUUACAACUACAGGUGGGACAGAUGUGACAACGCCGAGUGGUACCGAUACAACUUCUGCACCUUGUGGGCAUGACGAGACGACUUUAAAGGAUGGGGAUAGUACGACACCAAGCGGGCCGGAUCUUACAACAAAGAAUGAACCUGAUACAACACCAGAGCCAUCAACUGGUAUUCCUGUUCCCGCAACGUCAUCAUCUUGCCACCACAAUACAACGUCGAAUCCCGUCACUACAACUACCAUGCCUUCAUCUGAUCCUUGCGGACCCAGGUCUACUACGAAAGCUCCUGUAACGCAUAGAUCUGGAAACCCAUGCAAAUGUAGCGAUGGACCUACAACUGAGGUUCCAACUGAUGUGACGGAUAAUUGGGUGGAUGAAACAGUCCAUCUCUUGAAUACAGGAGUAGUGGCCGUCGAAGAUUUACUAGAAGAAAUUCUAGCGUCAGGAUCGAAAGAUCUUCUGCAUAAAAUCAGAAAGAGAAGAAAGAGAAAGACUAGGUUACACAAAACAACAACUGUUAUACCUAUAAUAUUGUAG